CUCUUCUUCAUUUCAUUUCACGAUUCUCACCGAUGCACUCAUCGGUCAUCGCAUCUCUCUCCCGCCGGCGUAUCGUUCCGUCGAAUCUCCGUCUAUCAUCUCCGAUGUCUCUCACAGAGGUCAUCGAAGAUAUGUCACCAGAAAAAUCUGGCUUCUGGUGACGAGGUAGGUCAAUUUGAUUCACAGUUCGUGAGUAUAUGGGCUUCUAUAAUCCUUGCAAAUGAUUACCCCUUUGAUUUUUUUGAGGACUGGGAAUUGAGGAAAGUAAAUGUAAUGCCUCAUAUAAAUGUUAUCAAGGCUCAUGUAUUUGAUUUGUACUCGAAAGAGAAACUGAAGCUUAAACAAGAAUUAGCUCACUGUAGAUGAUUCAUUUCAGAAUGACAUUCUGCAAGAAAAAUUGAAAACGAAACUCGGUUUGCAAAAUGGUUUGUUAUGUGAUGGUGAGUUCUUUCGUGUGCAUUGUUUUGCAAGUGUUUUAAAUCUGAUUGUUGAUGAGGCGUUGAACCUAGUUAGUGAUUUUGUGUGUAUUGUGUGUAAAAUUAGAAAGAGCAUCUUGUUUGUGAGGGGUUCAAAGAGUAGAAGGCAAAAAUUUAAAGAGUGUGUUGAAAAUGUUGGUGGUGUUGAUAGUUCUGUUCGCUUGCAUCUGGAUAUGUCUAUGACUGUGAACUCAACUUAUUUGAUGCUUGAAAGUGCUCUUAAAUAUCAGCGUGUGUUUGAAAGUCUUCACUUGUAUGAUGAUAAGUAUGAGUUAUGUCCUUCGGUAGAAGAGUGGAAAUGAGUAGAAAAGAUCUGUUCAUUCUUAUUGCCUUUAUGGGAAACUGCUAACAUGAUUAAUGGCACAACACAUCAUACUUCCAACUUGUAUUUUUUGCAAGUUUGGAAAGUUCAAUGUGUUCUAGUUGAAAGUUUGGGAGUUGAAGAUGAAGCUAUAAAGAGAAUGGCUGAAAGGAUGAUGAGUGAGUUUAAGAAAUAUUGGGAUGACUACAGUGUUAUUCUUGCAUUGGGAGCGGUUCUUGACCCCGCAGAUGAAGUUGUCAACCUUGGCUUACUGUUACUCAAAACUUGAUGCAUCAACCUGUGAAGGGAAGUUGCAACAUGUAAAGAGCGAGUUGUACAUGCUAUUUGACAAGUAUUCUGGCGAAAGCAAUUAUUCUGGUGGUGUGCAAAGAACUACUCAGGACCAGUCUUCUAGCAUGCCAUUGCCAAAGUCUUCAUCUCACAGCUUAUAUGAUGAAUUGAACAUGCACUAUCAGCAGCUUGUUACUGAAUCCACAAAGUCUCAACUUGAGAUUUACUUAGAUGAGUCAAAUUUGGAUUUCGGUUAUCAUGAAGAUAUGGAUGUAUUACAAUGGUGGAAAAGUAAUAAUGAUCGAUUUCCAGAUCUAUCAAUAUUGGCUUGCGACUUGUUAAGUGUUUCCAUUGCCACUAUUGCUUCCACUCGUGAUUUUUGCAUGGGCUAUCAUGUCUUUAACAAGUAUAAACAUCGUAUGUUACCGAUGAACAUGGAUGCUAGAUUGUGUACUCGCAGUUGGUUGUACAAUUUUGUUAGCCAUGAUCGGGAAGACGACGACGAUGACUUUGAAGUAAUGGAGUGAAAUUGAUGGUGAUGACAAAAUGGAGCAUAGCAUCUAAUGAUUUUGAUUUUGAAGAAGAAGUCGAUGGUGAUGAUGAUUGAUUUGCUAGUAUUUCUUUAACUUUGGUUCAUGAUGUUUGUUUUGGCUUUUAUGGUUAAAAAAACUAAAACUAUAUAUGUGGUUGUUAGGUUCUGGCGUGUUGACUUACAUGUGGAUUUUUAGUGAUUGUGGACAUGUUUUUAACUUGCAAUAUGUGGAUCUGUUUACUUUCUAAUGUUGGAUGAAGCUAGCAUGCAAUUCCAUGUUUAA